AUGGCUGUGGUAACAACUCCUGUGCCAGCUACAAUACAAAGAACAGGUUCUAUGAGUUCGGUUCGUGAAGUUGGGGGAGAAAUUGAAGAGGAACCUAAUCCAGCUGUGGUUGAUGAAGCAAUCUAUGUUGCUGUGUCAAAGGAUGUAAAAGAGAGUAAAGUGAAUCUGAUAUGGGCAAUUCAGAACUCUGGUGGAAAGAGGAUCUGUCUCCUCUUUGUUCAUGUCCCUGCAACAAUGAUCCCUUUGAUGGGUGCUAAAUUUCCUGCAAGUUCACUGAAAGAGCAAGAAGUUCGAGCAUACCGGGAAAUUGAAAGGCAAAACAUGCAUAAGACUCUGGAUGAAUAUCUUCGAAUCUGUCAUCGGAUGGGGGUGCGAGCAGAAAAACUGCAUAUUGAAAUGGAUAACAUUGAAAGAGGAAUUAUAGAACUUAUCUCCCAACAUGGAAUUCGGAAGCUUAUUAUGGGAGCAGCAUCUGAUAGGAAAUAUGUUAGGAGAAUGAUGGACCUCAAAUCUAAGAAAGCCAUACAUGUAUGUGAACAAGCUCCAGCUUCUUGCCAUAUACAGUUUAUCUGCAAAGGUCACCUUAUACACACAAGGGAUCGCAGUUUAAAUGAACGAAGCUUAGAGGUUGCAUCUCCUUUGGUACAGCAAGUGCCAAACUCUUUGAGAUCUUUGAGAUCUCAAUCAGUUACACUGGGACAAAUUCCUAUGACAGAUUCAUUUGGUUCUAUUCAAGAGUUAUUUCGCAGGGUUAGAUCUGCCAAUGAUGGACAGAGAGCGAGCAUUACGACUGAUUCUUCUCCAAAUGACACUCUAGGGUUUUCAACUCCAUCUAACAGGCGAGGCACAUAUGUAAGUUCUGAUGAGUCCGAUAGGUUGUCAAGGAUGAGUCCUUCAGGUUUGUCGACAUGCUCUGAUAGUGCAGUUGAACCAACACUGACCCCAAAUUCAGUUGCUGAGAGCAGUGAGAAUGCAUUAGACUUGACUUUUAGUCGCAUGGUUAUAAAGGAGGAUCUUCAUCGUUUAUCGCCACCAAGUGUACUGCAGGAUGGUGGAGUAAACGAUACGCUCUAUGACCAACUUGAACAGGCUAUGUCUGAGGCUAAUAACGCUACUCGACAUGCAUAUCAAGAAACUUUUAGGCGCGGAAAAGCUGAAAAAGAUGCCAUUGAAGCUAUACGCAGGGCUAAAACAUCUGAAAGCUUAUAUAUAGAGGAGUUGAAUCUGAGAAAAAUGGCGGAGGAAGAAUUGAAAAAGGAAAAAGAAGAACUCGAGAGAAUGACGAGCCAGAGAGACAAAGUUAAGGAAGAACUUCAACUUGCUGUGGAUUUGAAGUCAUCACUAGAGAGUCAACUUGCGUCGUCUGAAGUUAUGAUACAGGAGUUGGAGAAGAAGAUUAUAUCUGCUGUUGAGCUGUUACAAAGCUACAAGAACGAACGGGAUGAAUUGCAGAUACAGCGUGAUAAUGCAUUGAGAGAGGCUGAAGGUCUUAGGAAAAAACAAGGAGAGGGCUCGAGCAGUCAUGCAUCUCAAUUGUUCUCGGAAUUCUCCUUUUCAGAAAUCGAAGAAGCAACAAGUAAUUUUGAUCCAUCCCAAAAGAUCGGAGAAGGUGGAUAUGGAAAUAUAUAUAAAGGUGUCCUCCGUCACACCGAAGUCGCCAUAAAAAUUUUGCACGCUAACAGCAUGCAAGGACCCUUGGAGUUUCAGCAGGAGGUGGAUGUAUUGAGUAAGCUAAGGCACCCCAAUCUGAUCACUCUUAUAGGAGCCUGCCCGGAAUCCUGGUCUCUUGUCUACGAGUAUUUACCAAACGGAAGUCUUGAAGACCGUCUUGCAUGCAAGGAUAACACACAUCCAUUAUCAUGGCAAACGCGGAUUCGCCUUGCUGCUGAACUCUGCUCCGCUCUCAUCUUUCUUCAUUCGAGUAAACCUCACAGCAUAGUGCACGGUGACUUGAAACCCUCCAAUAUCAUCCUAGAUGCAAACCUUGUCAGUAAGCUUAGUGACUUUGGAAUCUGUCGCAUAUUAUCAAAUCUCGAGAAUUCUACUAAUAAUAAUACGCUGUUUUGGAGAACCGAUCCAAAGGGAACUUUUGUAUACAUGGAUCCUGAAUUCCUUGCGUCUGGCGAACUCACUCCGAAAUCCGAUGUUUAUUCAUUUGGAAUCAUAUUAUUGAGAUUGUUGACUGGAAGACCGGCCUUAGGAAUAACUAAGGAAGUGAAAUAUGCUCUCGAUACAGGAAAGUUAACAUCUUUAUUGGAUCCUUUGGCCGGAGAUUGGCCAUUUGUCCAGGCCGAGCAGUUGGCUCGGUUGGCUUUGCGGUGCUGUGAGAUGAGUCGUAAGAGCCGGCCGGACCUUCAUUCAGAUGUAUGGAGGAUACUCGAUGCAAUGAGAGCUUCUUCUGGAGGUACAAACUCUUUUGGCCUAAGUUCUGAAGGACCUCACCAACCUCCUUCAUACUUUAUUUGUCCAAUCUUCCAGGAAGUCAUGCGAGAUCCACACGUAGCUGCAGACGGUUUUACCUACGAAGCCGAGGCUAUCCGAGGAUGGCUCGACAGUGGUCACGACACUUCACCGAUGACAAACAGCACCCUUGCACAUCAGAGUCUUGUCCCCAACCGCGCUCUUCGCUCCGCGAUCCAGGAUUGGCUUCAAAGUCACUGA